GCAGGGCCUCGACCUGAUAACGUCGUUUCUAUCUUUUAGAUAGCGUGGCGGUUUAGUACUGCACUCCUAUUCUGGUCCAUGACACCGCCCCCCACUCAUCUAAGAGGAUAUAUUUCAUUAUAUAAGAGUCAUUCCAAGGAUAAUACCUAUUGUUGGCGGAAAUCACCACUUCUGAUUGAAGCUUUGCAAGUGAGACAACAGCAUAGUUGACCUGCAAACCGCCUUUGUCACUAUGUCUCUCAAGUCCUCUACCCCAGAAGCGAUUCAGUCCCUAGUUCAUCGCAUUACCCAAGCGGCAAAUAAUCUUGCAACGGUCAAUGGGUCUUUACAAUUCGAAUCAGAAUCUGCUCGUCGUGAGCUCGUAGCUGCAGCGGAGCAGCUGCUGUUGGCCGUUCGUAGUCCCGAGGAAAAUAUUUUCUCUAUCGCUCAGCAGCCUGCUCAAAAUGCCGCGCUACGUUGCGCCAUCGCACUUGGUGUCCCAGACGCUUUACCAGCCAACGGAGAUUCGUGCAGCCUAGACGAUCUCUCUCGGACCCUUAAAGCCGAAAAGACACUUUUGAGCCGCAUCCUGAGAGCUUGUGUUGCAACCUCGACACUCAGCGAACCCUCGGAACUCUGCUACGCCCACAACGCCGUUUCCCGCACCCUGUUAUCUUCCGCUAACCGGGCUCUCCUUACACUCAUGUACGACUACAACGGCCGCGCAAUCAUUGCCCUCCCCGAGUUCUUGCAGGCGCGUAAAUGGCAAGAUGCCGGGUCUUACAGGGAUUGCUCGUUCAUGCUCGGGUCUCACACCGCCUUGCCCAUGUGGGAGUACCGUGACAAGGAUGAAAGAUGUCGUGAAACGUUUGAUUUGGGCAUGGAAAGUGAGAUUGUGGCAGCCCUUUCGGUAGGGAAGGCAAUUGGUUCAUUCCCGUUUGGUCGGGAACUUGUGCCGAUUCCCAGCGUCACAGACAAUAACAAGCAGCAUGGACUGCAGGAAGAGCUGACUAUUGUGGACCUAGGGGGCGGUCAUGGCCAAGCACUGCAAGACAUUCGUGCCGAUCACCCGGAGCUGUUAGCUGCACGAUUUGUUCUAAUGGAUGUGGAGGCGGUGAUUCUAGAUGCCAUUACUGCAGGCUUGCCCGCAUGGAUGGAAACGGUUGCGGGGUCUUUCUUCGAGCCGCUGCCAGCCCCUAUCAGAGGUGCGCAAGUCUAUUACCUCCGCCGCUGUCUACACAAUUGGGAUGAUGCUGCGUGUGGGAUUCUCCUGAGGAACGUUGCAGCCGCCAUGGACGCCGUCCAGUCGCGUCUUCUAAUUACAGACAUGGUCAUCGACAACACCAAUGCAGUAAAAGAGAUGGCUUGGGAGGAUCUCAAUAUGAUGACGAUUGGUGGGAUCGAGCGCACUGAACGGCACUGGCGGUGUCUGCUUGGUGAUUGUGGGUUUCGUAUUCAUAAGAUAUGGCGUCAAACCCCGACUGAGCACGCAACUAUUGACGCAAGACUGAAGUGACCGCCAUAGCAGGACUAGAAAUACUGUUUCGCGUAAAGCAGAUAGGAUUAAGAUUUAUUUUUCCGCAUCUCAUCCUUUUUGACAAGACAUUGAUAGUUCCAGUCAAUUUUUUGGAUGCUGUGGGCGUUCUGCAAAGGAUGGCUCAAGAGCAAGUCCGAUUUGACAUAUUGAACUCCAAGAAUUGGCGGGUGAGCGCGGACGGAAAGGCUCUCGAAGCCUAUUUGCAAUUCAAAUCCUUCAGAAACACAUGGGAGUUCAUGAACUUUGUUGCUUCCCAAGCAACUGAGCAAAGACACCAUCCCGAAUGGGCCAAUGUACUAUCCA